CCCACUCCAGUGUUCCUAGCCAAAUCAGUCUCCCAGCUCAGUUCAUAGCACGCUGUAGAAAUGGUUGUGUUGGUGUGAGGACAAGGGUGGAUAACACAGUGAGAGAGAAAAUAGUACUUUAAGCCAGAACUGCCAACCUCUAAGCCUCACUGUGUUAGCAUUCUAUUUUUUUUUUUAAAUCACUAUCUUGAACGCUUUGCAAUCAAAAUUAAGAGCCAAGGGGUCUAGAGAGUAAACAAACAAUGCAAGCACAAGGUAACAGUGAGAUCAUAGUGGUUGGCUGAUUAAAUGGCAGUGACAGGAAACCACCAGAUUAAUCAUUGCUGAACUUCUUGUGUAAGCAUCACAAGAGGGAUGAGUUUUGAGGACACAGUUGAGCUCAAUGUAGUGUCUCUGCAGACUUCUCUGAGGUGCAACUCCCAGGAAAUGGUGACAGAGUCCACUCCGUUACGUUGUAGAAAGCUCAGCAAUCCGGACAUCUUUUCAUCUGCUGGGAAAACCAAGCUCCAUCGUCAGCUAAGUCAAGAUGACUGCAAGCUGCGGAGAGGUAGUUUGGCGAGCUCUUUGUCAGGAAAGCAACUACUCCCCUUAUCAAAUAGUGUCCACAGUGGAGUGGGACAAACAACGUGGCAGCCACCUGGAGAUACCUCAAACCUGGUCCGCAUGAGAAAUCAGUCCCUAGGACAGUCUGCUCCUUCCCUUACUGCUGGUUUGAAGGAGCUCAGUCUCCCCAGAAGAGGAAGCUUCUGUCGGACAAGCAACAGAAAGAGUUUGAUUGUAACAUCCAGCACAUCGCCAACGCUCCCGCGACCACACUCCCCUCUUCACGGACACACAGGUGGCAGCCCUUUGGACAGUCCCAGGAACUUCUCUCCAAAUGCACCUGCUCAUUUUUCCUUUGUUCCUGCCCGAAGAACGGAUGGGCGUCGCUGGUCCCUGGCCUCUCUCCCUUCAUCUGGAUAUGGAACAAACACUCCCAGUUCAACCGUUUCAUCAUCAUGCUCAUCUCAGGAGAAGCUGCACCAGCUGCCCUUUCAGCCCACGGCAGACGAACUUCAUUUCCUGACAAAGCAUUUCAGUACUGAGAGCAUCACCGAUGAGGAAGGACGCCACUCUCCAGCCUUGAGGCCUCGAUCUCGCAGUCUCAGCCCGGGUCGCUCCCCAAUUUCCUUUGACAGUGAAAUAAUAAUGAUGAAUCAUGUGUACAAAGAAAGGUUUCCAAAGGCCACGGCGCAGAUGGAGGAACGGCUGGCUGAGUUCAUUGCCUCUAAUGCUCCUGAGAAUGUGCUGCAAUUAGCAGAUGGGGUCCUAAGUUUCAUUCAUCAUCAAGUUAUUGAACUGGCCAGAGACUGCCUAGAUAAAUCACGUGAAGGUCUUAUUACUUCUCGGUACUUUUAUGAGCUACAGGAAAACUUGGAGAAACUUCUCCAGGAUGCUCACGAGCGAUCCGAGAGCUCAGAGGUUGCUUUCGUUACCCAACUUGUGAAAAAACUGAUGAUUAUCAUUGCACGACCAGCUCGGCUGCUUGAGUGCCUGGAGUUUGAUCCUGAAGAGUUUUACCACUUGUUGGAAGCUGCAGAAGGCCAUGCCAAGGAAGGGCAAGGAAUUAAAUGCGACAUUCCUCGUUACAUUAUCAGCCAGCUGGGACUUACCAGGGAUCCCUUGGAGGAAAUGGCCCAGCUGAAUAGCUAUGACAGCCCAGACACUCCUGAGACAGAUGAUUCAGUGGAGAGCCGUGGAGCCUCUGUGCAAUCAAAGAAAACUCCAUCUGAGGAAGAAUUUGAAAAUAUUAAGCUGAUCAGUAAUGGAGCUUAUGGAGCGGUGUAUUUGGUGCGACACAAGACCACCCGUCAACGUUUUGCCAUGAAGAAGAUCAACAAACAGAACCUAAUUUUGAGAAACCAGAUCCAACAGGCUUUUGUGGAGAGAGAUAUCUUGACUUUUGCUGAGAACCCCUUUGUAGUCAGCAUGUUCUGCUCCUUCGAGACCAAGCGCCAUCUGUGCAUGGUUAUGGAGUACGUGGAAGGAGGUGAUUGUGCUACACUUCUCAAGAAUAUUGGUGCGCUACCUGUGGAUAUGGCCAGGAUGUAUUUUGCCGAGACAGUUUUGGCAUUGGAGUACCUACACAAUUACGGGAUUGUUCACCGUGACCUCAAACCUGAUAAUCUCCUGAUAACUUCCAUGGGUCACAUUAAACUAACUGACUUUGGACUGUCUAAAAUCGGGUUAAUGAGUCUUACCACUAACCUCUAUGAGGGACAUAUUGAGAAAGAUACCAGGGAAUUCCUGGACAAGCAGGUCUGCGGGACUCCAGAGUACAUCGCACCAGAAGUGAUCCUGCGGCAGGGCUAUGGAAAGCCUGUGGACUGGUGGGCCAUGGGGGUUAUCCUCUAUGAGUUUUUAGUUGGCUGUGUCCCUUUCUUUGGUGACACACCUGAAGAACUCUUUGGACAAGUGAUCAGUGAUGAAAUAGCCUGGCCGGAUGGUGACGAUGCACUGCCACCAGAUGCACAGGACCUAAUUUCUAAGCUUCUUCGCCAAAAUCCUCUGGAAAGAAUGGGAACAGGUAGUGCCUUUGAAGUGAAACAGCACCGGUUCUUUAAAGAUUUGGACUGGAAUGGAUUACUUCGACAGAAAGCCGAAUUCAUUCCACAGUUGGAAUCUGAGGAUGACACGAGCUAUUUUGACACCCGGUCAGAACGGUACCAGCACCUGGAUUCAGAAGAGGAGGAGGACACGAAUGAUGAUGAUCAUGUGGAAAUUAGGCAGUUUUCCUCAUGCUCGCCGAGGUUCAGCAAGGUGUACAGCAGCAUGGAGCGUCUUUCCAUCCACGAAGAGAGGAAGACUCCGCCACCAACUAAACGGAGCCUGAGUGAAGAAAAAGAUGACCGAUUAGACAGCCUUGGAGGCUUGAAAAGUCGGGACCGCAGCUGGGUAAUUGGAUCUCCUGAAAUACUGCGUAAGCGCUUGUCUAUGUCCGAAUCCUCGCACACGGAGAGCGACUCCAGCCCGCCCCUGACGGUGCGCCGGCGCUGCUCGGGGCUCCUUGACAUGCCGCGGUUUGCCAUCUCAGCUGAGGAGGAGGGCAGCGUGCUGAAGCGGCCGCAGUCGGAGGGGAUGCUGCUGUGCGCCGGGCAGGCCCGCGAGGGGCUGCCCGUGCCCAUUCCGGAGCACAGUAGUCAGAGCAGGGAAAGGCUGGACCCAAAAGCUGCUGGGAGCACUGCAGAUUUCUCUGAUCCACGCGCUCGCAGUAAUAGCAAUGAAGGCCCAGACUUUACCACUCCAAAAGCCAUCAGCGAUUUGGCAGUGCGGCGGGCACGGCACAGGUUGCUCUCUGGGGAAUCAGGGGAGAAACGUACCUCAAGACCUGUCAAUAAAGUGAUUAAAUCAGCAUCCGCUACUGCCUUGUCUCUCCUGAUUCCCUCAGAUCACCACACGUGUUCCCCAUUGGCUAGUCCAAUGUCACCUCAUUCUCUAUCCUCAAACCCAUCUUCGAGGGACUCCUCACCCAGCCGUGACUUUUCUCCUGCUAUCGCAAACCUGAAACCACCAAUCAUCAUCCAUCGGGCUGGAAAGAAAUAUGGUUUCACUCUCCGUGCCAUUCGCGUCUAUAUGGGUGACAGUGAUAUCUACACUGUGCAUCACAUGGUCUGGCACGUGGAGGAAGGCGGUCCGGCUAACGAAGCAGGCCUGCGUGAAGGGGAUCUGAUAACCCAUGUCAACGGGGAGCCUGUCCAUGGACUGGUGCACACAGAAGUGGUGGAGCUGAUCCUGAAGAGUGGAAAUAAAGUGUCCAUCUCAACCACGCCAUUUGAGAACACGUCGAUCAAAGUUGGGCCAGCUCGAAAGGCCAGCUACAAAUCCAAGAUGGCUCGUAGGAACAAGAAAAGCAAAACUAAGGAUGGUCAGGAAAGUAAGAAGAAGAGUUCUUUGUUCAGGAAGAUCACUAAACAAGCAUCACUACUUCAUACCAGUCGUAGUUUGUCUUCUCUAAACCGCUCGCUCUCUUCUGGAGAAAGUGUACCUGGUUCUCCAACUCACAACCUAUCUCCUCGAUCACCUACCCAGAGUUACAGAUCCACACCCGAGUCUGUACACUCAGUUGGUGGCAAUUCUUCCCAGAGCAGCUCUCCCAGUUCCAGUGUCCCCAAUUCUCCAGCCAGCUCUGGACACAUCCGGCCCAGUUCUCUGCAUGGACUGGCACCAAAGCUUCAAAGGCAGUAUAGAUCUCCGAGGCGUAAAUCUGCAGGAAAUAUCCCUCUGUCGCCACUAGCUCACACUCCAUCACCAACGCCACAGUCCACAUCCCCGCAGCGCUCCCCUUCUCCUUUACCGGGGCAUUCGGUUGGCAGCUCCAGUAUUAUUCAGUCGUUUCCAGUAAAACUACACUCCUCUCCACCGUUGGUGAGACAAAUUUCUCGGCCCAAAAGUGCUGAGCCCCCUAGGUCUCCUUUGCUGAAGAGAGUCCAGUCAGCAGAGAAACUGGCUGCCUCACUGUCGUCUUCUGAGAAGAAGCUGGCUUCCUCGCGAAAGCAUAGUUUGGAUAUUUCUCAUUCUGAAUUUAAAAAGGAGAUGCUACAGAGGGAUCCUAGUCUCCAGAGCUUACAAGAAUCUGCAAAUGAAACAACAGGCGGAAAACUUGGACUAGCAGAAAAGGGGAUGUUGCAGAAGCCAGGCUCCAGGAAGCUGGGUGCUAUUCGACAAGACAGAGUGGAGAGGAGGGAGUCUCUGCAAAAGCAGGAGGCCAUAAGAGAAGUAGAUUCCUCAGAAGAUGAAACGGAUGAUGGUUCAGAGGACAGUCAGGAUGGAAGAAGACUGGACAAGCCACCUGACAAUGGAGACCAAGGCUCAGAUUCUUUUAAUGAGGAUAAGUUUUCCUCUAAAUUGGAAAGCAAGGAUAGCAUUGAAGAUGAUGCCUUUCUACCUGAAGAUCCAAAAGGUACAGAAGAUCUGCAGAAGGUAAAUAAUAAGCAAGCCAAGGUUGUUUCAGAGCUCCUGCAAACUAGUGUGCACCCUUUCCCAUCAGAGGCCCUCCCAAGAACUUCUCCAGAAAAAUUAGCCAGCUCAGAAAAACCACUCCUAAGAUCAGAAACGACUGCAAAGGAACAUAAAUUGCCAGAAAGCAAAACUUCCGAGUAUUUUAGUCAAGAAGACAAGUCUUGUGAAGCAAUCAAAGACCUAGGGAAAACUGCUAGUGCUCCAAAAACAAUAGUUCGCACAGAACAUAUACAGUGCACUUCCAUGAAACCUCUUGAACUUGAACAAGGUGACUCUUCAGGGGCCUCGUGUGGUAAGCUUAACCUGAAAGACUCUCUGCUAACAGAAAUCCGUCAGAAAAAGGACUCUAAACCUCUGCUGGCUCUUUCUCCGUGUUGCACGGCAAGUGCGAGCGUUACGCUCUCACUGAGCCGUGGGGACAGCAGUGACCCUCAGGAUCGCAAAGAGACACCGCAGCCUGCAGAGCACAGCAGCUCCUUUCUGUAUGCCGCAAGCAGGAGUGAAACACCCCCCCAAAGUCCUAGUACUGAAGAACAACCCAGCUUGUCCCAGGCAGAGUGUGUUUCAGCUGCUAGCAAAAUGAGCCAGGGCAGUGCCCCAGGUACGAUGUCCUCCCCGCUUCUUGUCUCCAGCGCUAUUGAAAGAGCACUCUCCGUGUCCCAUUUAGUACCGCUAGCACAGAGUGUUUUGGGCCCUCUGAAGCUCAGUAUGGCUAGUUCUGGUGAGCUGGAAAAGAGGAAGGAUUUCUCCCAUUCGGGUGCCUCCUGUAAAGAGGAGAGGGAUUCAAAACAAAAAAAGCAGGAAACUUUACAGGCAGGACCAUGUCAAGAGAGAGCCAAACCUCCUAGCACCGGCAGCCUGGCCACAAGAAGCGGCUCCUGCACAGAGUUGUUGCACGCAGCGAAGCCGUGGGAGGUGGCGUGUCCCACGGGGGCAAAAAAAGAGCCAACUUUUUGCAGUUCUAAAUCAUCCGAAGCUUUGGGAAGUAGCUGCAAAAGUGUUCCCUCAAAGGAGCUAUCGCACACUCUGGGACAGCCCGUUCUGAGGGCCUCUCCUCUGCCAGAUGGCAGCACGAGGCCCUGUAAAGAUGGGACUCUCACGCAAGGAAAAAGCAAAGAGGUUGGAAGCCAGUUAAAAGGACAAGACUUUCCUCUGUCACAUGAUGGUGCUGUGAAGAAAACAUAGCAGCACCCCUGGUACACAUGGACUGGAGCGUUCCACAUUCAAAAUAGAGACUGCAUGUUUGAAUUUUGUAAUAUACACUAAUAUAAAAUAGAACUUGUGUACAUCUAUUUUUGGGAGGGUUUUUUCAUACUGUUUUUUGUGUUUUUUCAUCCUUGCUAUUCUAUUUUUGUACACAGUAACGCUUGCCAUUUGAGGUCUCUUUAGAACAGGGUAUCUUUAAAGCAGGGCUUAAGAAACAAUUUGCUGGUUUUCCCCUUCCUGCCCUUUUGUUUUGCCCUGAGUUUAGGGCCUUUUGUGCUCUUCUCUCCAGUUCUGCGUUGAUUUGAGAUCCCAAAAAUUCUGAGCGCAAAAAAGGCAGCCUACUUUAAAAUCUGUGCUUUUCAACCUUCUCUUUAAACGUCCUUGAAAUCCACAAAUUCCAAGUGUUUGCUCUGAAUUUACAAGCCAGUUUUCUUUGACAAGGAGAAGAAAAUACUCUCUUGUCCAUGAGUUAUUCUGGAAAUACAAACCUCUUCAACGCAACUAGGGCCUCUUUGUCACUGUAUGCAUUUACAGUCCUACGUACACCUUUGAGUCCCUCGCCUCCAUAUCCUUAGGCUAGGGUGGAGGGAUCAGACAGAGGGAUAUCCCUGUCUUCUCUUUAAACCAAUUACAAAUAUUUUUCAAUUGAGUUAUCAGAGAAAAAAACUUCCAAUCUGUAAACUGUUUUCUUUUUUGGGGAGGAGAGUUGAUUGUUUUUACUUAUCCUUUAUGGAACACAUGGCAACUCUUCCCUCUGUUUUUAAAAUUUUAAUAAUGUUUUAUCUUAUCUUCUCUGGCUUAAUUUGUAACUUGCCCUGCCUCAGAAUAAAUGACCCCCAGGAAGGGGGUGCCUUGUAGGUUGAUUUUUCAAGUAUAGAAAUUUGUAGUCCUGUGUUCUUCAGUAUGGCUUGGGCAAAGUUACCUCAGUGAUAAAUGAGCUUAGGAGACUUCUCCUUCUCUUAGUGAGUCUAAAUAGGUAGGGAUUUUAAGGUGUUCCUUAAUAGUUCUGAACUAGGGCUUGGGAAACUUGCUGAGUUUUCCAAAUCUGCCUGUUUUAAAAAAAAAAAAAAAAAAAAAACUCCUAAGAGGAGUUCUGACUCCUUGAGUUCUGUGGACAAGCUGCAAGCAGACUUCAAAACACAUGUGAUAUUUCAUGAUUUCAGCUUUGACAGCUAGAUCAUUUCCACUGCUGAGGUCACUUGGUUCCUUUAAAAAUUGCUAUUGCUUAGGUUUAGACAUUGCUUUGCUUUGAAUGUGACUGACUCUGGAUAACAGUGCUCUUUGCUGAGGAUUACAUCAAUAAUAAUACACCAGUAAAUGUGUUGAAUGGUGAUACCUAUAGCACUGUAAGACAUUUCUUCAUCCAGUUAAAGGUUACUGUCAAUGAACGCUCCCGUCAUUUUCCCCAGAUUGUGCUCAACUUUUAUUCUAGUCCUAUCUGAGUAUAUCUUCCUGUGCAUCACCGUCAGUAUCUAGUAUCCUGCUCACUGGCUUACUCUGUUAGAAGCAGAAUGACUGUGCAACAGUGUCUCAAGGCUAAAAACUGCAUCUGUUGGUCUGAUUUCGUUAUACUGCUGCCUUUUCCAUUGUCUCAACCUCUUUGAAACUUGAAGUUUUGAUUCACUUUCCCUAAAUGUAAAUAUGGUUUUUAUAUAGGAAUAUAUUUUUUCCAUCUCUUUUUGACUUGAUUUCAACGCAAUCCAGAGAUCACAACAAAAUCUCUGUAAUCUCGCCCUGUCCCUUUCUGCAUAACGAUUUUUUUCUAAUCUAUACCUGAUCUUUGGCUGCUUGGAUUUCAUUUCUGGACCAAGUUUUGAUUUGGUUUGAGCUUUUUUUUAAACGUGUUUAAACUAGUGUUUACUCUGUGUGUCUGUGUGAACAUGUGUGGUGUUUCUAAUACACUAGCAAAAGCCUCCAAGCUCCCAGAUAACAUGUAAAUAAAUCUUGCUGUGACAGUAUUGAGAGCAGGGCCUGCUGGACUGUCUCUUUGCUCUUUCUGCUGGAAUUCGUAGGCUAUUCGCAUACACUCAGUUUGCAAUUAUAAGCCACGUUAUUUCCACCAACCUGUCAGGGUCCUGGGUAUCUCCAGCCUUUCAAAGGACUCUUAUUGAUGAGUAUCGUUCUGUGCUGAUUUUGGAGCAAUAGCAAGUAAGGAACAGACUUGGCAGGAUCUGAUGGGCUGAUCGACUAACAAAAUUGCUGAGAAACAAGGUCUGAUUGGCAGUGCAGCAUCAAAUAAAAUUCACAGGAAUAAUGAAAAAUGGAUUCAGCAUCAUGAAUCUGUGGUAAUUUUGAAGGUGAAUCUCAAGUUUAUCUCUAGAGAGCGCCCAGCCUUGGCAAGAUGUAGCCCAUGGAAGUCUCUGUGUAAAAUAAGUAGUGAGUCCAGAGUUGCGUGAGAACGUGGUUUAACCUUGCUGUCCCUGUGGGGGGGGAUCUUCUGCGUGUCCCCGUCUCCUCCAGCUUGGAGAGACAGCUUAUUCUGUGAGUGUGGUCUCAGGGCGUCCGUGAGGGGAUCUGAGUUUAAAAAAGUUAAGGGGGAAGCAAGCCACAGCUCUUGAGAGAGGCCUUUUUAACCUCAGUCAUUCUGAGCGUUCAGCUCAGCUCAUUAGCUGAGCUGGCUUAAAUAUGGGAGCAGGGAGUUCCUGGGGCUGCUUAAAAUAGGUGGGAUAUGAGGGGGGGGACAGCGAUGCAGAGUGACACUUGGUGUAUCCAUCCUCUCUGAUGAACGAGUUUUCCAGUUUAGGAGAAAAGGAAAAUGCUGUUUGCGUUUCUCUACGUGUAUAUUAAAUCCUCUUCCAGGGCACUAUAAAUGAGGGGAAGGAGGACCAAAACCCCACUUUCCACGAUGCACAGCGUACUCUAGCGCCUCUGAAUGCACGGUACUCGAGUGUUGCGGCAGCACUAGCCCGGGGAAGGGGUUUCAGUUAUGUCUGUGCCAGGUCUGCUGGGGUCACAGAUACCUGUUGUGGGUAGUGUGCAGAUUGGGAUGUGACCGUCUAAAGGUACCAGCUGCGUUAGCUGCUGGCUCCCUCUCUUUGCAGCCAGUAGUUCCAGUGGUGAGUUUCAGUGUUGCCCUUUUUUUGAGAUGGGUGAAAAACCUUGGUGUGUCACAGCUUUUGCUGCUUUUGCCUGAAUUGGCCAAAGAAGAGGUGAGAUAUAUAUUUAGUCACCUCUUUUGUAGCUACGGUACAGACAGUGACCAGUGCAAUUUUAAAAACCUGUCUUUUUGGAAGCCAAAGCCAAACAGCAUUACCAGGAAAGCACGUGUUCCUAGUGAAGCCUCCUAUCCGCUGUCACUCCUAGAACUGCCCUCCGUAUGCCCUCCAGGUGCGCUCUCUCCCCGGUUACACGUUCUUUCAAGUGCAUGUGGUGCGUCGUAGCGAAGCUUUUCAGUAAGAGGUCUUUUCCCUAUGAAAAUGCGAUACUGAAGCAGAUACAUACACCAAUAUUUCUUACCUGCUCUGCUAAGUAUUGCUUAAAUAGUUUCUCAGAUAACCUUGCAAACUUGGGAGGGGGCGAGGUGAUGAGAUGUUGGAAAAUCCUGUAUGUGAAGAGCGAGAGUGUGUUUAUGUGCGCGGGUGCGGUGUGUAGCUUUUCCCACGUGCAAGACGUGACCCACGUUGCCUGAAGGAAGCAUUCGGCAGGCUGAGAAUUUGGCCUCCUUAAAUAACACUGAGUCAGGUUAGGUAGGAGGGAAAAGGGUGUGCGUGUGUGCUGUGUGUUUGGUGAAUGAGAUACGCACACAACCAUCUAAAUGUGUUGCUUUCCUGAUUCUUUUUCCCGUUUCAUUUUUUUUGGUUUGGAUGCGUUUCUUGCCUCUCUUCGGUUUUGGAAUUACAGAGUAGAAGUUAGUUCCAGUCCUUGCAUUUCUUCAUUUCUGUGUCCAGCCAAUGCAGUCCUGCACGGUGCCUCAUUUCAGUGUUACUUUCCCCUUUGUCUCUUACUGUUGCAAACGAGGAGAAAUGGAUGAUAUUUAUUGUAAAUAUUAGACGUUAGCAUUGUAAUGGCCACUCCUGGGUCUGAAUGUCAGAGGCCUUUGGCUGCUAAUAUACUAAAGAGCGCUUGCUGGGGGAGUGGGAAGGAGUGAGCAGUGGUUGUGGUUUCCACACUUGCAUAAAGGUGUGAUUUGGAGUAUUUUUUUUCUUCCGAAGAGGGGAGGAUAAAGUCUUUCUCUGGUUUUCUCUUACUGGAUGUGAAGGAUAAUUCUGUACUUCUAGUAGAAGAUUUGACAGAAGUGUGUGUUUACGUUGUGUUCAAUUACCAUAUCCAGGUGGCUUGAGAGCACCUUUUAAGCUGGGCUCUGUCAAGCUGUGUCACUCAGCACUUAGCUAGAUAAGAGAAAAGUGUGGAAUUUACGUGUUUUUAGAAACUUGAACAAUUGCCACAUAAUAGCGGUGCAAUAAUUUUUAUUCAUGUUGUACCUGCAUGUCGAUGUUCAAAUCCUC